AUGAGUAUCAUCGGCAAUCUGAGAUAUCGCCCAACGAGCAGAUCGACAUCUCCCAAGUUCAAGGCAUCGGAUCUGACCGUUGUCAUACCAACAACGGACAUUGUGCCGGAAACAUUCCACAGAGUCGUACGCUCUGUUCUUGCGCACUCCGUGGCUAAGCUGGUCAUCUCCACCGCUGGCCCAAAAGCAGAGAAAGACGAAGGAGCAUUUCGGUUCCUGUUCUCGGACCAAAGGAUUGUUUUACUACAUCGCGAGGUGGCUUCGCGGCGCGAACAAACAGCCCAUGCGAUGAAGUAUGUCGACACCCCUCUACUCAUCUUGCAAGAUGACCACACAUACUGGCCGAACAAAAACUCAUUCCUGCAGUUUACCCUAGCACCUUUCGAAGAGCCCUCAGCAGGGGCGGUUGGCGUGGGUCUAGAAGCGCGCCAUCGACAACAUGCAUUCUCCCUCGCCGGCUUCUGGAACUUCCUUGGAAUGAUCUAUCUAGAAUAUCUCAAUGAGCGUGUUUGCUUCGGCCUGGUGGGUCCACUAAAUGUCGACGACGACAAGUUUCAUACCCGUUGGCUCGUCGAGCAUGACUGGAACAUCAAGCUCCAGGCGGGCCCGGAGACCAUGAUGACAACGGAGUUGGGCGAGUGGCCAAAGUUCAACGAGCAGGUUUCGCGCUGGCUCGGAACAAGCGUCCGCUCAAAUCCACGGCACUUGAUCCAUAGGAAGUCGUGGAUACGCCAUCCUUAUACUACCUGGACGCUCCUCGUCUGGUUCGUUCGGAUGUCUCUGGUGCUGGAGCCUUUGAUGUUCUGGUUGCUACACGCGGUGCUUAAGGCACACGAUCAGCUACAACACUUCAGGGUUGCAACCGUCACCCUUUAUGCGUUUAUUACUGCUAUGAAGUUUGUCAAGAUCUUGGCCCACUUCAAGAAGCACCCUACCGAUGUUGUGUACUUCCCAGGCUACGUCAUCUACGGUUAUUGGUAUCUGGGCAUUGCUGACAUGGUGGAACGCUUCCUGGGCCACUGCAAAGGCAGCUACUUCUUCAACUAA